ACGUUGUCUUCACGGGUUCAAGUGACCCUUCCCCAGACCCUGCAUGAACUACGGAUACUUUGUGCACCGGGCUGGCUAUAAAAGUUUCUGAAUUCUGAUCAUGAGCUAAUAGUGCUGAAUUGUAGAAUGGGAAACAAUUAAUGGGGUCAAAUUUGCGAGAACUAAUAAAAAAAUGGCAGCCCGGUACACGAAGCAUCUUGCAUUCACGCAGGGUCCAGGGCCGCACUCCAAGAGGAUGAGCCGUAGAUGGUCUACCCUGAUGCAAGCAUUAGUGGCUGAUUGCGCGGCUCGAACCCGUGACCUAUUGCGAGAACUAAUACUUGAAUAAAGAAAAGGGGAAAUGAAAAAAUUCCAGUAGAGAAAAAAAGUUAGGUGAUUUCUUCUUAUAUGCCUAAAUUUUGGUGGACAUAAUUAUUCGUACCUACACUCGUAAGAAGUAGCAAGUAUCCGAAGAAAUGAUGUACAUAAACUGGUCCGACACUACCAUUAUAAAACUUCAGGGACCAAACUCUUACACUUUUUAAAUUAAGAAUUUAACUUAUAUACACGUGCAUUGCUUUUUACGCUGUGAGUGCAUUUAUAGCUGGUCAUUUUCUUUAUUCUCCGUAUUUGAUAUUUACAAUUAAGCUUAUUAUAGAGAAUUAUCUGUCGUUGUAGAUCAUUUUAACAUGAUGGUGUCUAUAAAAUUAUACUGGAGUGCAUAGAGAUUAAACUCUUUAUAAAGGGUAAAUAUGCUCAGUCAAAAAAAUAUGUAGGGAUCAAACCAAGGUAAUAACUCAAAAGCUAAAAUCACUAUUUUCUCUUAUAAUUUGUUGUUUCCUUUGUCUUAACUUAAUCACUGUGAACCACAUCAGGGGCGGACGCACGUUGAACGAAGCAGUGUCACGCGACACCGCUUCGUCGAAAUUUUUGCUAAUCAUAUGUAUUAAUACUGUGGGAAAAUAAUAACAAGAGAAAAUGCCACCACUUAGACACGGAUCAUCGUCUAGUACGCUGGUUAAGUGCCUUAUUUUGCUGUAAGAGGUCGUCGAUUCGAACCUCAAGUAGAAAAUAUUUUUGGCAAAUAUUUGAGAGAGCCUCUAGUUAAAAAUCAUAGGUAAGUAGAAUUGGACUCGGAACCUCUUUUAAAUUAAGACUCAACAAAAUCAAUGCACUAACGCUAUUUCUUGUAUAAUUAAAGUUAUUUAUUCUUCGUUCUUCUAUAAAUAUUGACGCCACUUAUAAAAAAUCUUGUGUACGCCCCUGAACCACAUGCUAGUUGAUGCUUUAAAGCAAGGACCUGAAUUUUUGUUACUUGCUUUCUUCUUUCAUAAUGAAUGUGUUAUAAGCUGCAGAGUAUAGCAAUCUAUAUAUACUUGUGUGGAUGUUUGGAAUGGGGCCCAAGAGGCUCGGGUGAGCUUCAUAUUGGUUUCGGACUGAUUUUGCUAGACUUGGCAGAUAGUAAUCUCUAUAUAUGGUUGAAGACAAAGGAGCUUUAAGCAUUUUUGUGAUCUUAUCUAUACAUGUUCCCUUUAGCUUAGAACUUUUAAUUUAAAUAUCAAUUAUUGAAUACAACAAUCCUGGAAAAAGGUGAUGGAGACGCAAGGCACAUCGGUUCUCCAACUGCAAAGCCAGGCUCUCUUGAAAUACCUUCUGGUGCAGUUACUGUCGGACGUGUUGCUGAGAAAGCAGAUAUGGUCAUUCCGGUGCCUACAGUAUCUGCUGUACAUGCUCUGCUACAAAGCAUGGAGGAGUAUCUCGUAGUGACAGAUUUAGACAGCACGAAUGGCACGUUCAUCGGUGAGAAGAGGCUUAGACCUGGUGUGGCUGCUGCUGCAUUACCUGGAAGUCUCUUGACAUUUGGGGACACCAAUUUGGCGAUAUUCCGGGUAGCAAAGCUUGAGAAGAUGGAAACUCCAUCUGAACCAGAAGAAGCUGAAGCUAAUACAGAGGAAGAGAAGCCAAGUAGCAGCUAAAAGUUCAGAGUUCUUAUUAUCUGCAAUAAUUUUGUAAAUGCGGCCUUGGGGUGCGAUCCUUCCCCCGACUCUAGUGAACGCGAGAUGCCUUGUGCACCCUACUGCCCUUUUUUUUUUAAAUUUUGUAAACAAAGGAAAUUUAUAUAUGUGACUUGAGUUUUGUCUCCUUUUCUUUUCUACUAGAAGACUACUGUGUCAUUCUGUAACAUUUAUAGAAAAUAUGAUUUGCCUUUUC